AUGGCGAAUCCAUUGUCGGCCUAUCGUGUCUACGCCAGCACUCUGAGCUCCAUUGAGAAACUCCCAUUUGCGGUCCUAGAGAAAGAAAUUCAUAUCGUUCUGGCCUUCGCCAGAGAUUACGACGGUGGAGGAAAAUACCAAACAGGAACCUUCUAUCCUUAUUUCGAUACAAGCAAGUUGACUCCACAAGCAAUCCAGAACAUCAGGGACAAAGCCACGUCCACUUCAGUCAAGUUCUUCCUCAGCAUCGGAGGCCGCAACCCCAAAUUCCCAUUUGCCGUCACUUCUGCUGCAGAAACCGCCUGGAUCCAAGCCGCCACCAAAAGUCUCAGGGAAAUCAUCCAGAAUUACCAGAUCGAUGGAAUCGACGUCUAUUACGAACACAUCAACCCUGACGCGGAGCAUCAGUUUGCCAGCUCAAUUCAGAAAGUCAUUGGGAGUCUGAAGAGGGGUCAUACCAUCACCACUGCUUCCAUCACUGUGCCAGCUCCACUCAGCCAAAACUAUCACGACCUGUAUAAGAUAAACAACGCAGUUUUUGACUAUGUGGUGUACCAAUCCCACACUGAGACUUCUCCCAUUUGCACUUUUGAAGCGCUCGGAGGCGUCUUCGACAGGCUGGUGUCCACUUAUGGUUAUCCCAAAAACAAGAUCUUAGCUGGGCACAGUGACGUCCUCCCCGGCGACUGGACUACUGUCCCGCUGCCCAUCUUCCUCGGUGCCGUUCCUCAGCUCCUCGGCAAGGGACUCUUCGGGAUUUCCAAGUGGAUCGUGACCCCCGAAGAUUAUAAACCCGAGGCUUGA